AUGGACAAAGAAAACGCAUCGGAUAAUACAGCUCAGGACAUGGUGCAUGAACGGCGCCACACCAAUGCCAAGCAAGAUUGCCCACUGGACGUGUUUGCGCCCGAGCUGUUGAUAAGCAGGCUGCAGGCGAUGGAUGACUGCACAGAUGAGAUUACAAGAAUCAUCAAUGCCACACACAUCAGCCAUGCAAAGGUCAAGAAGCUGUGCAGAAUAGUGAAUUCUGUGUCAAACUAUAGCACAAGUUCAAUAAUUGAGAUGACAAAGGAGAAGAAUAGGGCUACGAGAUACAUAUCAACAUAUCUGAUGCUGAGCAGGAUACACAGGUUGGUUCAAGAGGGAAAAUGCUUUGGAAUUGCUGAGGAAAUGUACGACGAGGUGUUUCUGGUGCGGUUCAGAGAUGUUGAUCCAAACAUAAGGACACUGUGUGUUGAAUGGAUGUAUGAGUGGGUUGUGAGUGUGCCGAGUGUUUUUGGGUCUGCACAUUACCUGAAGUAUCUUGGAUGGGCGCUUAGCGAUAAGAGCGAUGUGGUGCGUAGAAGAACAGUAAGACUGAUAGCCAGGCUGGUGGAGAAGAAUGUUGAUGUAUGCCAACUUAUUUCGAGGUUCAAGGGUAGGAUUGCAGAGAUUGCACUAGAUGACAAGAGUCCUGGAUUGAGGGAUGAUGGAAGGAUGCUAUGCAUAGUGCUGUAUGCCAACGGGAUGAUUUUGAAGGCAGAUAUACUGCGGAUCUUGGCUGUUGUUGAUGAAGGUAGUCAAGGCGAAUUGCUGAAGAGGGUGAUAAUGAAGAUGCUGAACGAGGAGAUGGCCGAGCAAGCACAAGAGCCACCGCUUGCCAACCAUAAAGGAGUGCAUGAACUUUUAUGCAAUGCAUCGAUGUUUGUAUGUUCAUGCAUUCCGCACACGCCGGAGGAUGUGGAUGUGUUUAACAGUUUUGUGCUGGAAUUUCUACGACGACGAAGUGUGUGCUGUGAAUCGCGUGUACUGUGCUACCUAAAGAUGCUGAAGGUGCUUUCAAGUAGUGUGAUGGAUGUUGAGAAGCACUGUGAGAUGCUUGAUGUUGCAAAAGACAAUGAAGAAAACCUGGUUGAAGUGAUUGGAUCUCUUGCAUUGGUGGACAUUGGGGUGUUUAGCAAGAGGCCUGAUGUGACAGAUAGGAUUAUAGUAAGGGGAAGGGAGUUAUGCAUUAGCCAUGCAAGCGAACGGAUGGUAUGGGUAUUUGUUGAUUUGCUUAAAAGGCUUGAGAGUGUGUUUUAUCCAUUGGUGUGGCAGUCGGUUGAGCUGCUGAGGCAUGAAGGAGCGAUGUUUAUGCGUGGGCUGAUUAGGUCGUUUGAUGUCUCGGUGCAUACCGAUGAUGAGUGCAGUACGGAGGUCAAGUGCUAUGCAGCAUUGUGGAAUGUUAUGUCUGAGGAUUACGCGAGGAUGGAGCAAUAUGAACUGAAGGAUGUGGCGAAUUCUGAUGUACUAUGUGACUUUUUGGUUUUUUUCAAGCAAAGAUGCGUUGAGUUUGAUGUAAUUGGGAGAGAAGUAGCAGACUGCACAGGAAAGGGACGGAGGCUGAAGAGCAUGUAUGACAGGCUUUCUGUGCUGCUCAACACUGAGGCAAAGAAUGUAUUUGUUGAUAGGCAAUCCUGUAUUUCAUUAUUUAAGCUGGUUGAAGAAGGGCUUCUGGUUGAGCAUUGCGACAUUUUUUUCGAUGUAUGCGAUACCGAGCUGGUGGGUGAGUUUUUGAGCAGGUCGAAGUGCAGAGCAUGUCUUGUUUCUGGAUACUUCAAGUAUCUUGCACGAGUAGACGAGGGAAAGCAAGUGUGCAGCGUUGGCAAGAUGGUUGCGUCGAAGUGCGGAGUCUUGAAGAAAGGAGCUGAUAGAGACAAGGUUGUUUUCAGAGGAAUGAGAAUGCUUGUUGAGAUGAAGAGGGAGUUUCUGUAUGACACUGUUCUUGUGUAUUUUGUUCCGUACCUCAGCAGCAACGAAUGCAUUGUGAUUGAGCAGUGUGUGGGAAAGUCGCGACUGAAGAUGUCUUUGCUCAAGAGAAGCAGGAGCCGCGGAUGA